UUUUAACUGGAUUUUUCUGCUGUCAAAUUAUUUGAAAGUUUGCCUUUGCAUAAUCUAGGGAUGACGUGACGAUUUCAAUUCUAUAUAAACAAGCUGUUGUGUAAUAUACAUAGUAAUGUGUCAUGUUGGUGAAUGCACAUUUCAGAAGGUUCGAUCUUUAAAUGAUGAAGUUCUUUUGCCAUGUUUGCGUUGUACUAUUCCUGCAAACAUUGUCAUUUAUAGGGGGUUAUGGUUUUAAUCGUAUGCCAAACUUCUUUGAUUACCCAAGGACAACCAGAUUGAAUGUUUCAUAUUGUCAAAAUAUUGCUAACAGCUUAGUUACCAGCGAUGAUUGUGGAGCCAAAAUUGAUUGUAGGGGGACUGCACGCUUUGUUUCUUGUCUUCACCGUUACAGUGGUUCAAAACUGAAUGGUUCGACGUGUUCAGAAACCGCAAGAUCUGAAGAAUGUUCAAGACAAUUACAAGAAAGACAACAAACGUGUUCAAAGAAAAAAACGGGCUUACUUCCAGAUUCGAAAUUGUGUCAUCUGUAUUACGACUGUUCUAACCCUGUGAGAUCGAAGAUUUGUCCGUAUCCGAAAUUAUUCUCAACAAAGACGAACACAUGUCGAGACUUCAUGAAUGUCAAGUGUGGAUCUAGGAUAGAGUUUAAAUCUUACUGUCAAUACUAUCCACCCCAACAUGGGGUUCGAGGCCCACCCUGUGAGUUAUAUCAUCCAAAUUGUGAAGGGUAUCCAGACGGAGCCAAUCCCCAUACAGAGAAAACUGGAGCAGGAUCGCCUUGGUACAUGCUUUGCAAGGGCGAAAGAUUUAUAAAAGAAGGACUCUGUCCAAACGCCAGAUAUGGUUUCAACAAAAAGACAUGCCAGGUCGUUGAAUGUAGCCGGAAGAUAAAUAAGUAUUACCCUACUCUAGGAUGUAGGGGAUAUAUCUGGUGUUACUAUGGGAGACAAUUCCGAUACAAUUGUGCUAUUGGAACUUUGUUUGAUUUCACACGACAGAGUUGUCAGCAUGCCUACGAUGUCUGUAAACCUUGUGGAACCCAGUCAUGUUGAAAACCAGAAUAAGACAGAAUCAGGACGAUAUUUCCUAAUCUCACUCUGCCGAGGAAAAAGUUUUCGUGAAUAUCUUUUCAUCUCUACUACAAGAUUUUAAGAAAUGCGACAAAACUGUCAUCUUUAAUUUUACACUUAUAUCUUUAUUGGUAAAAUCCUCCAGCAUUAUACAUAUUCUAAACAGAGGAAUUUUAAAAAUAUACAAUAAAAAUGUUUAUUCAAUAUAUGUUAUAUACAUUUUUAGUAAUUAGCACAAACAUUUUUGUAGACAUUUUUUAUACAUUAAAUGGUAUACGAUAUUUUUUAUUAGUUUCCACAAAAAUAAAAUGAAUCUAGUUUAUCUGCCCAAUUCCACCCAAUAUCUCCUGGCAUCCCAUACCUGUUGAUGUUGUUUCAGACUCAAUAACUACAAUUUCUGAUACCCUUUCAUUUUUUUUUAUCAAUCAGUUGCAUAAACAAGAAAAAAAUAUAAAAAUGAUAUCAAGGAAAGAAAGAAAACCCCAAAUAAUGAUGGAAACCGAAAUAAGAUUUUGCUAAAAAUUAAAAUAAAUAUAUGAUGAAAAAGAAAUAAUUUUAUUUUCUCUUUUAAUACAUAUUAUGAUAUAUCAUACUAGAUAUAAGUUUUAAGUAACUCCUUUGUAUCACAAGGUUAGAAUUGAUAUCUGUAGUUUAAAAUGUGUGAUAUAUAUAUAAAGGUUGUUCAUUGGUUUUUUUAACUUACACAUGUUAUAUAACUUGAAUAAAGACAUACUCUAUCUCUA